AUGACUAGGAGAAGGGGCUUACAUUUUAGCAAGCUAUUGUCGUUCUCGUGCUUUAAAUCUCAUUCUAGUGACAAUCAUGGUCUAAUUGGGCAAAAAGGAUACUCUAGGGUGGUUUAUUGCAAUAACCCUGACAAUCCAGAGGCUAUUAAGCUUAAUUAUAGGGGAAACUAUGUAUCAACUACCAAAUAUACUGCCCUUAAUUUUAUACCAAAGUCUUUGUUUGAGCAGUUUAGGAGGGUUGCAAAUAUUUACUUUCUUGUUGUAGCUUGUGUUUCAUUUAGUCCUUUAGCCCCCUAUACGGCACCUAGUGUUGCUGUACCUUUGCUUGUGGUGAUUGGAGCCACCAUGGCCAAAGAAGGUGUCGAAGAUUGGAGGCGAAGAAAGCAGGAUAUACAGGCUAACAAUAGAAAGGUCAAAGUGUAUGGUAAAAAUUAUACGUUCCAUGAGACCAGAUGGAAGAGCCUUCGAGUUGGAGACAUUGUUAAGGUGUCUAAGGAUGAGUAUUUUCCUGCCGAUCUGCUUCUGAUUUCAUCAAGCUAUGAGGAUGGAAUUUGUUAUGUUGAGACCAUGAAUCUUGAUGGAGAAACCAAUUUGAAAUUGAAGCUUGCCUUAGAGGUGACAUCCUCCUUACGUGAUGAAGAAUCUUUGAAGAAAUUUAUGCCUGUUAUUAAGUGUGAGGACCCAAACGAGAACCUUUAUUCCUUUGUUGGAACAUUGUACUAUAAUGGAGACGAGUACCCACUUUCACCCCAGCAGAUUCUUUUAAGAGAUUCCAAGCUCAGGAACACUGAUUUCAUCUAUGGUGUGGUUAUUUUCACGGGGCAUGACACAAAAGUGAUGCAGAAUGCUGUAGACCCCCUUCUAAGAGGAGAUAUGUACGAUGAGGAAACCAACAAGCCUGCACGUGCACGCACAUCUAAUUUGAAUGAGGAGCUUGGGCAGGUUGAUACAAUAAUGUCUGACAAAACUGGUACAUUGACAUGCAACUCAAUGGAAUUUGUCAAAUGUUCUAUAGCAGGAGUUGCCUAUGGCCGUGUUAUGACAGAAGUAGAAAGGGCCUUGGAGAUGAGAAGAGGUGAUGGGCCAACAGAAGUUGAUGAUGCUUUAUCUAAUCUACCACAAAAUUCAGGAAAUUCUAUCAAGGGAUUCAACUUCAGAGAUGAGCGUAUAAUGAAUGGACAGUGGGUUAAUGAACUUCAUUCAGAUGUCAUAAAGAAGUUCUUUCGAGUUUUAGCAGUUUGCAACACAGCAGUUCCUGAGAGAAACAAAGAGACAGGUGAAAUUUCUUAUGAAGCUGAGUCCCCGGAUGAAGCAGCCUUUGUCAUAGCUGCAAGGGAAAUUGGCUUUGAGUUGUUUGAAAGGACACAAUCCAGCAUAUCAUUGCAUGAGUUGGACCCUGUGACUGGUAAUAAAGUUACUAGAGUCUACCAGCUACUUCAAGUCUUAGAGUUCAGUAGUUCUCGCAAAAGGAUGUCUGUAAUUGUAAGAAAUAUGCAGAAACAGCUAUUGCUUCUUUGCAAGGGUGCAGACAGUGUGAUUUCUGAAAGGCUCUCAAAUAAGGGACGACUAUUUGAGGCUAAGACCAAGGAACAUGUAAAAAUGUAUGCUGAGGCAGGUUUACGGACCAUAUUAAUUGCAUAUCGUGAACUUGGUGAAGAUGAGUACAGAAUUUGGGAAGCGAUGUUUUCAAAAGCCAAAGCAACUGUAACUGCAGACCGAAAUGGGUUGAUGGAUGAAAUUGCUGAUAAGAUGGAAAGGGAUUUAUUUCUUCUUGGUGCUACAGCUAUUGAGGACAAGCUACAAAGAGGGGUUCCAGCGUGUAUAGACAGGCUCGCUCAGGCUAGAAUUAAAAUAUGGGUUUUAACUGGAGAUAAGAUGGAAACUGCUGUAAAUAUUGGUUAUGCUUGUAGUCUACUGAGACAAGGAAUGAAGCAGAUUAUCAUCACACUAGACUUGCCAGAAAUUGAAGCCUUGGAAAAACAAGGGGAUAAGGAGGCUAUUUCUAUGGCUUCUUUUAAAAGUGUUAUGGACCAGUUAAAAGAUGGAAAAUCUCAAGUUGAUUCUGCUAAAGAAUGCCCAGUUGAGUUCGGGUUGGUGAUUGAUGGGAAGUCCUUGGCUUUUGCGCUGGACAAGAAGUUGGAGGAGAAAUUUUUGGAGCUUGCCCUUGAUUGUGCUUCUGUUAUAUGUUGUCGGUCUACUCCCAAACAAAAAGCUCUUGUCACAAGACUGGUGAAAACGGGUCCAGGUAAGACAACAUUGGCAAUUGGUGAUGGGGCGAAUGAUGUCAGCAUGCUUCAGGAGGCUGAUAUUGGAGUUGGCAUUAGCGGUGUCGAAGGAAUGCAGGCUGUGAUGUCAAGUGACUUUGCAAUUGCUCAAUUUCGUUUUCUGGAACAGUUAUUACUGGUACAUGGCCACUGGUGCUACAGGCGAAUAGCAAUGAUGGCCUAUGCUUCUUUCUCUGGUCAGCCUGCAUAUAAUGAUUGGUACAUGUCAUUCUACAAUGUCUUCUUCACCUCGCUUCCUGUAAUUGCUCUUGGUGUUUUUGAUCAGGAUGUUUCUGCACGGCUUUGUCUCAAGGUAGAAGCAGAAGUGCCAUUUGUUGACUUUAGAUCAUCUGUUUUACAGUAUCCUUUGUUAUAUCAAGAGGGAGUCCAAAACAUCCUUUUCAGCUGGCCCCGCAUCCUUGGUUGGAUGUGUAAUGGAGUUCUGAGUUCCAUAAUUAUCUUCUUCUUCACCAUCAACUCCAUGAUCAAUCAAGCCUUCCGGGGAGAUGGUCAGGUUGUUGACUAUGGGAUCCUUGGGGCGACGAUGUAUACAUGUGUAGUUUGGGCCGUAAAUUGCCAAAUGGCACUCUCUAUCAAUUACUUCACCUGGAUUCAGCACUUCUUCAUCUGGGGAAGCAUAGCCUUCUGGUAUAUGUUUUUGGUGAUCUAUGGUUCUCUUUCACCGAAAGUAUCUACAACAGCAUAUAUGGUUUUCGUGGAAGCCUGUGCUCCCAGUAUUCUCUAUUGGCUCGUCACCCUUCUAGUUGUUAUUUCGACUCUGCUACCUUACUUCUCAUACAGGGCAUUUCAAUCUCGAUUUCGACCCAUGUACCAUGAUAUAAUACAAAUAUGGCGAUCAGAAGGCUCCGAGGCUGAAAUUUCUGAUGAGUCACGAGCUGGGAUAAAAAUCAAAAUGAAUCAUCUGAAGGAAAAUCUGAGGCAGAGAAACGUAUCAUGA